AUGCAGGCUUUUGAGGUUGAGCGACCUACUGCCGUGGAGCGUCGAAAGCUCAAACCAGUCAGUUGGAUCAUAGCAGCGCUGCUGUGUGCGGCAUUCUUGGCAGGCCUCAUAGGCUUCUGCUCCAGAAAUGGAGGUAAUUCGGCCUCGAAGGUCGGCAGCUGUAAGCCUGGAGAUGUGGAUAGUUAUGCUGGCAUCAUCCACAAAGACAAGGGCGGCUGGUGCUUGAACAAUGUGUGUGGGGACUAUCGCUUUGAUCUGAAAAGCGGAUGGCUCUUUGGAGGAGAGGAGAAGGUGGGACAAUUCAGCUGCCAGCGACUCCAAUCUGAUAUGUUGAACCUCACCUCGGAUGCUGUCUGGAAGCUUCGAGACUACUUUCACAUUCUGUCCUCCGAAAUCAUGACGGAGAUCCAAAAAGAGGAAAAUGCCGGAGCUCUAUUUGUGGUACCCGCCCAGCUGAAUGGUGCGGAAUAUCCAUCUGCCACCCGUGUGGUGCAUCACGUUGCUGACUACAAAGAGGACAUUCGCAGGGGGCCACGGGGGCAGCUCGCUGCGCACCCGGCGGUGGCGCAGUUCCUGCUGGACAAUGCGCAAAGCGUUGAACGUCCCAAAGGGAUCAAUGCUGCGGAUCAAAUUGUCGAUCUUCCAGGCUUUGAAGUCGUGAAUGGAUACAUGAAGAUCCAGAAAACUGACAAGGUGAAGGAAACUUUGCAAGACUUGAAGAGGCGUCUGAACAGCUUGCGGCUGUUGGUCAUGGAGCAUGUUUCCACUCAAGGCUUGGUACCAAAGUUGAGUGGCUUUGCCAAGACCAGCCAUCGUGUGGGUUUGGUUUAUGCCUCAACGAUACCCGUGGAUUCGUACGUGAAUGGCCGCACUGGCGAGAGCGAUCCAACAGAUCAUGAGUAUCAGACGCAGGUGGCUGAACUGAUGCUGGUGGCCCAAUACUAUGGCGCCCUGAAGUAUGCCGCAGAAACGACCCAGAAAAUCGUGGAGCUGACGCCACGUCACCGGCCGCGGAAGGUCUUUCUGAUGCCCCUGGGAGGUGGCAGUUUCCAGAAUCCUUGGGAAAUCAUUGGCAGAAGUAUGGCAAAAGCCAUUCAGAUGUUGGACCAUGAGUUGCUUGUCACCCUGGAGAUUUCUGCGCUGGCCUUCAAUCAAAAACCAUCUGAGAAGGAGAAGUUGCAGUCCAUUCUGGAGAAGUUGCAUUCGAAAGUUCAAAUCGACGAGAGAUGCAUCGAAAGCGGCGGUUCAAAUCACAUGGUGGGCGCCUUCCGCCCGACUUGUCAGAGCGACGGGUCCUUUGCACCGCAACAGUGCUGGGGCAGCACAGGCUUUUGCUGGUGCAGCGACAAGGUGGGGCACGAGUUCCGUGAGACCCGCGGCCGCCCCGGCCCCAGGCGGGAAGACUGUGAGCAGCUUCAAAAAUUAAAGGAUGCGGGGAACAGCACCGACUGCCACCUUCAGCUAUUGAAGGUUCAGCUGGCUUCUUUGGUUGGCGCCCCUGAGCCAACGUGUUUAGAACACGGUGGAUACGCUGCAAGACAGUGUUGGGGCUCCGUAGACGAAUGUUGGUGCGCAGAUGGCACAGGCAAAGAGCUCGAGGGCACCAGGGGCAUUCCGGGGCCCAGCCUGGAAGAGUGUGCCUCCAAGCUGGGUGGAAGUGCCGACUGUGUGCGUUGUACCGCCCCCACUGUGGCCUGA